AAGAUGGCGGCGGCGGCCUCGGGGCGUGUCCCGCGGCCCCGGCCCCGCCCGGCUCUUCCGGCCGCGCCGCGGCCGCGCCGAUGGCGGUGAAUUACGCGGCCGGGCUGUCCCCGUACUCGGACAAGGGCAAGUGCGGCCUCCCCGAGAUUUUUGACCCUCCGGAGGAGCUGGAGCGGAAGGUGCAGGAGCUGGCAGAGCUGAUCCGGAGCUCCUCCCAUGUGGUGUUCCACACGGGGGCAGGGAUCAGCACGGCCUCGGGCAUCCCUGACUUCAGGGGCCCCAAUGGUGUCUGGACUAUGGAAGAGAAAGGGCUCUCCCCAAAAUUCGACACCACCUUCGAGAAUGCCAGGCCCUCCAAGACUCACAUGGCGCUGCUGGGGCUGCAGAGAGUGGGAAUCCUGAAAUUCCUGGUCAGCCAGAACGUGGACGGCCUGCACGUGCGGUCGGGAUUCCCACGGGACAAGUUGGCCGAGCUCCACGGGAACAUGUUUGUGGAAGAGUGCGUGAAAUGCGGGAAGCAGUACGUGCGCGACGCCGUCGUGGGCAGCAUGGGGCUCAAGCCCACCGGCCGCCUCUGCAGCGUCACCAAGGCCCGGGGGCUGCGGGCCUGCAGAGGGAAGUUACGAGACACUAUUCUGGAUUGGGAAGAUUCCCUGCCCGACCGUGACCUGACGCUGGCAGAUGAAGCCUGCAGGAAAGCUGAUCUCUCCGUCACCCUGGGGACCUCUCUGCAGAUCAAACCCAGCGGGAACCUCCCGUUGAUCACCAAGAAGAGAGGAGGGAAGUUGGUCAUUGUCAACCUCCAGGCAACCAAACACGACCGCCAGGCCGACCUGCGCAUCCACGGCUACGUCGACGAGGUGAUGACCAAGCUGAUGAAGCACCUGGGGCUGGAGGUGCCCGAGUGGACAGGGCCGGUGGUGGUGGAGAGCUCCGAGCUGGCCAAGGGCGAGCAGCUGCAGGGGAGGCUGAAGGAGGAGCCCCUGGGCCAGCACAACGGCACGGGAGCGCCGUGUGCCGGGAACGCGCCGCUGGAGCGCCGUGAUGGGCUCAAGCAGGAGUGUCCCAGCCCGGACACGGGGCCAACGCCGGUGAAGAAGAUGAAGGUGGAGCCUCUCCUCACCUGACCUGGACUGUCCCUGUCUCACCUGGGCUGCUUUUCCUACCGACUUUUUUUUAUACCCUUAAAUAUUGUCCCUUUUUUUAUGUCAGUAUUAAACAUACUUGAAUUGUG